GAUUCCGUGGAAGGCUUCCUUGACUUCACAUACACUCCUCUAUAUACGGUGGUGCCGUGGUGGGUUGGUGAAGGCGACAUUCACCCAGACCAAGAGAGAGAUCCAAGACUUGGCCGGCCGGCCGGAGAUCGAGAAGGAGGAGGAGACAUGGUGCGCGGGAAGCUGGAGGUGCUGCUCGUCUCCGCCAAGGGCCUCGACGACUCCGAUUUCUUCAAUAGCAUGGACCCGUACGUGAUCCUCACCUGCCGCAGCCACGAGCAGAAAAGCACCGUCGCAUCAGGAGCAGGGAGCGAGCCUGAGUGGAACGAGACCUUCUUCUUCGCCGUCUCCGGCGACGCUCCGGAGCUCAGGGUCAAGAUCAUGGACAGUGACGCCCUCUCGGCCGACGACCUCGUCGGAGAAGCAUGUAUCCCGCUGGAGGCUGUGCUCCAGGAGGGCAGCCUGCCGCCGGCCGUGCACCGGGUCGUCAAGGACGAGGAGUACCGCGGGGAGAUCAAGAUCGCGCUCACCUUCACCCCGGCAGAGGAAAACGAGGAGGAGGAGAGCUACGGCGGCUGGAAUCAGUCCACCUGAAAAAGGCUGGCGAGCCAGCAAGAUGGUGCUGUAUGUCUGUCAUAAUGGAUAACUGCUUUGGAUCUCCUUGAUGUGUGUGACAGACAGGGCAUUCAUCAGAAAAGCGAGUAAAAAUAGGGGAAAUAUGUAUCGAUGCAUGAAGUACUAAUCAAGCAACUCACCGCAUCAUUUUGUAAUGCACAUCAAUCAACAAUGCUUAAGCAAUUCAUAAUGGAUAGAAAGGCUUUCGAUCUC